AUGCACGUCACAAGCAACCUCAGUCCCACCACCACAUCGGUGGUGGUUGGUGAGAAGCGUCCGGGCUGCGAGCAGAAGGACGCCGGCCAGGACACGCGCAAAGUGUCCAGCUUCAUCCAACGAUUCUACUUCUUUGGCAACCGGUCAGCGCCGGAGGAGAUCACUAAAGCAGGCUCCCAGGAAGUCAAGACCGAGUCCCAACCGGCGCCGAGGUCACCGAGAAACUGGCGCGGUGGCGCAGGACUGGACCAGUCCCAGUCAUCAUCCUCGGACCGCUCGUCGUCCGAUUCGCCCGUGCCAGCGUACAGUGUGCAGCGAUUGCGGCAGUUUUGGAACAACCGAUUGCUGGCCGGAUCUACGACCACCGGGGCGACCGUCGACACGCUGACGAGGAAGGCGAAAAGUGCCACAAUCGGUGCGCCGGUGGCAUCGCGCGCCCUCCACCGGAAGUCCCCGUCCCCGAAGGCCACGUCCCGUUCGUUCCAGCGCAACGGAUCGAUCGGACGCUCCGGGAGACGCCAUUCGCUGCUGGCCGUCGAUACGAGCCUGCUGGAGAGUGUGGCCGGCCACAAGCGAUCCUCGCAGACGGCGGUGCUUAGCCCCGACCGGAGCGCACCGGUGAUCGUGGAGAAACGGCAGUGUGUGGGGGCCUCGGCCACGGCCACCGGGGCCACCGGUGGCACCGUUCGUCGUUCGUUUCCGCUGGCUACGGCGAGCCCGGCGGGCAACCACAUACACUGGGCCCGCAGGACCGAGCUGGCCGGCAUUCGCGCCUUGUCGCGCGAAGAACAGGUGCCGCAUCGCGACAAAAUGCCCCUGCGGGUGGAAAACUACGUCAACAAUUUUAUCGGAGUCGACAUCCAGAGUGUGACCACCGGAGCCGGGGAAGAUGAGGUGCCACCGACGGAGGAGCCCGGCCCAGCUCCGGUCACUCUCCAACCGAGCGCAUCACCCACCCGGAAGGGGGGUAACACGCCGACGCGCAAGAUUAGCUUCCUGAACAACGGUUCCCCGUACCGGCGGCGGCUGAUGGCCGGCAACGGCACGAAGGUGGCCGCCCUGACCAGCAAGUUCAACCAGAUGAUCCAGCAGGAUGCCCGGUUGCUGGAGGAGGUCAAGAAACGGGGCGGCUACAUUCACCGGGCCGGCAACGUGGCCUACAAGGUGCUGGAAGAUACCCGCGCUAGUGGCGGCAGUGGCCUGGGGGCAUCCGGCGAUGGGUACGGGAGUCUUUCCGCACGCAACACCUCGAGCCGUUCGAGUUUGCGCAAGAAGCAUUCAUCCGCUUCUAACGCCGACGCCGAGAGCUCCGACGAGGUGGCUUCGGUUUCGAGCAAAAGUUCGUCCCUCCGCCGGACCGGCGUCCGGAAGCGGCCGAGCCUGCGGAAGAACCUUUACCGGCGGCCCGAGUGGGCCGAGACGGGCCGCAGCUCACUCGGGGUUCGGAAAGUGCUGGAGAUGUUUGAACCGCACCGGAACCGCGGCAAAACGGACGCGACCAGCCCGUGCGGUGAUACGGGCAAACCGCCACCGGGCCGGAGCAAGCCGAAGGUGCCGGACAAAAGCGAACAGGUGCUGCUGCUGAAGACGACGAAGGACCAGUCGAAGAGGGCUCAGGGUCAGGGGGAGGACCGAACCGAAGCUGAGGGCGAAAGUGUGGAGCCAGCGGCCACGACGGAAGAACUGGCAGAAGAUCCUACCGAUCCGCUACCUUCGGAAGGCGAUGCCACAGAUGGACAGGCGGCAGAGGAGCCCUUCAGUGCUGCCCGGGCACCGGAACCGAUCGAAGGUGAGGUGAUCACGCUUCCAAGUAUUCCACCGAGUGCGGAGGGGCCGCCGAUCGCUGAAGUGAAGGAGAAGAAAAAGAGUAAAAGCACCGUAUCGAAGAUCUACGAACGGUUAACUUUUCGCUCAUCGAAGAAGAUACAAAUCGAGCCAACGGUGCCGGAUGCCGACACAGUUCCGGUGGUGCUCCGGGACUCCCCGGAGCCGGCACCGAAGGAGGCUCGCCGAUCGUUUGUUUCGUCCAUCGAAAUCCCAACGAUCGUGAUCGAAGAAAAUCCGGCCCCGGAAGCGGCGGAAGAUGCUUCGGAGCAGAAGAUCCUUGAAGCGAUCAGCAAGGCCAGCCAGCGGAUUGAGAAUCUGUCGAAAAGCUUCAACGAUCUGUCGCUCGCAAACGGAACGGGAUCGGUACCACCGGUUCAGGAACCGAAGGAGAAGGAGGAAAGCGGCCUCCAGGUGCGACCGAAUGCCUCGUUCCUGUUCGGAAGCGCCCACGCUAGUCAGCGGAACUUUGUCGAGGCCGUCAACACGGUCGUGAUCAACAAGUCCGUGUCGAUGGACGAUCACCAGUUCCCGUGCUUCCGUGGGACCGUGGGCCGGCAGAGUCUUAACGAACGUACCUUAACGCAACGCGGCCAUCCGGAGAAUGACUACGAGUUGGUUACGCAACCGGACGACGGUGUCGGUUCGGCAACGGUGGUCGGCUCGUCGGCAUCCGUUUCGAGCCCGUCGAUCGAUCUGGUGGAGCUGACCACCAAAAUUGAAUCGUUUAUCCACAAAUCGAAACGAGACUCGGACAACCUCUACCAGUGUAUCGCGCGGAUAGGGGACCGCCCUUGCCAAGACUCAACGCUCCGACCGGACGAUACCGUCAGUGUGAACAGCUACGAAUCAUUCGAGAACUAUGAAUCCAUCGAGCACGGUGUACCGGACGGGUGCACUCAGGCGGCGCGCGAUGAGGACACGUACGAAAUAUGUAGCCCUCCGCCGCCACCACCACCGGGUCCGGCCGGCAGCAACGAUCUUACAUUGCCCCAACCAAAGCGCAACCUAUCGGCGUCGCCCAAAACGUUACCGAAGCACCUGCAGGUGACGUACCAGUCGAACUACGAGAAGAUCAAGUACAGCAAGAUCCCACCGCGGCCACCGAAACCGGACGACAUUCCACUGCCACCGCGCAAUAAUCCUUCGCUCGGUGCGCCUACGCCCUGCACCACGCCGGUGGGCGUGAGCGAACCGACGAAAAGUUUCGCUGCCGUCGAGUGUGCCUCCGAGGCUCCCUCGAGGCCGGGCGGAGAUUUGCUGGACAAAUCACCCCACGGACACAUCUACGAGGAGAACAUUUACGACACGAUUCGGAGUGCCGACGAUGGGCUGGAUUACGACGAUCCGGCCAGCAUUGGGGCCGGCUCGUCCGGUGAGCUGGAGGGCAGUCUAUCGGAGGGCACACCAGCGUCUUCCGCUACACGAUCGACCCGAUCGCAGCAGCAGCAGCAGCACCAUCAGCAGCAACGACCACAGCAACAGUCUCCGACCGGAGACAAUGUGUCGUUGGUGUCCUCCAACUGUUACGAAUCGAUCGGUUCCCGGAUCGAGUACGUGCGUCAGCUGGCCCUCCACCACCAGCGGAUCGGUGGGUCCACGACGACGCUGGCCUCCGAUCAGAUCACCAACAGCCUGUACGGCACGACGGGUGGGUUGCUGCCGAGCCUGACGCCACCGAGUGAACGGGGUAGCGACACGAGCAACAACAGUGCCGAAUGGACCGACAUUUCCGAUGACGAUUAUGGGACCACCGUGACACCGAACGGACUUCUAGUGCCACCGACCGGGCCGAAGCGGCCAAACUUUAUUGUCGUACGGGAACGCAAGCGGACGCACCACACACCGUUAAGAUCGCGAAAAGUGGCGCGCAUCUCGCACACGAAGAUAGACGAUGAUUCCGAUCACCAUUAUGAGUCACUGUAUUCGAUCGGAUCGAACGACUAUUACCACCACCACCGACCGGAUGGCGAACGAUCGCGGGUCACCGUGGCCAGCGGUGUAACGAAUGCCCACCAGGUCAACUUCCACGAGCACCGCGGGAUCCCUGCUGUUGCCGAAUCGGACCCAGCGCUUCUUGCCAAUGACGACGAGUUUGAUUCGUUCGAUUCCGACGAUAGCGACGACGGUGACGAGAAUCACCGGAACCGCACCGAUAGCGGCGUGGACAUCCGGAACGCCAAGCUGCCCGAUCCGCCACCCUCCGCCAGCCAGGUCUACGUGCUGGUGCAGAAGAUCAAGAGCCUGGGUAGCACCCUGUCCAAGUCGGAGAUCGCGAAGGGCUUCAACAAGUUCUCGAAGCGGAAACAGCAGCAACCGGCACCGGCACCACCAGCAAAGGCCGUGGCCGGAGUGGCCACGUACGAGAAUGCCAUCCUGCCACCGAAACCGUCGUCGAAGGUGGCGAAAGCGAAGGCGUCGGCGUUCAAGCUGCCGCUCCCUUUAGGCGGGACGGCCGCCGCCGCCCCGAAGCCACCGCCGGAGGACUACGUCAACAGCGAGGUGGCCGGUGGUGGGCGGCAAACUCACUCACACUCGUGCUCCUCGUUGCUGCCGUCGCCCUCUGCACCCAGCUCGCCUUCUAGUGGCCCUCCACCGGCACCGGUGUUGGGGGGCACCGCCGAUCUCCGGAGUACGAGCGAAUCGAGCAACGUGAGCACCGUUCCGACGGUGGCCAGUGGCGGUGGCACUCCGCUCCAAACAUCGAACCGGACCAAGAAGCCCAAAAGCAGUAAAUCGUUACGCUCGAAGCUCCGCAAGACCCUAGUGUCCGACUCGACGAACCUCAACAUUGGCAGCUCGUUCAACGGUUCGCGGAGCACGUUCUACGUGACCACCACGGCCGGUGGUGGCGCUUCCGGUGCGGACGUGGAUUCGGGCAUUUUCAACGGUCUCGAGGCAAUGCCCGGUGCGACGGGAACGCCAGGGUCACUGCUGUCCCCUUCGUGCGAGGAUACCCGCCGCCGGUCGAUCGCUUCGGUUGCGAGUGGUGGGCCAACGAAUCGGCCUACGAUUCCACCGCCACCACCACCCCUAUCCCCGGUGGUCUCACCUAUCGUCGAAGGGACCCACAAAUCGUGCCCACAACCGGCGGUUGGCCCGAAGUUCCCGGCACGCAAACUGGGAGCCACCUCGUGGUACGCCGAGUGCGGAGUGUUCCUGCAGUCACCGUCACCGUCACUGAAGGACGGGCCGACGAUGCCACUGCUGGCAUCGCCAACGGCCACCACGAACGGUUCGUCGUCCGCGUCGUGGUACGCCGAGAUCUACCAAACGAGCGGGGCCUCCGUGGCCAGUUCGAACGAAAGCUCCGGCGUAUCGACCGGUGGCGAGGGCGGCCCGGGUGAUGACCACUCGCACAGUAUGUUCGUGAACGAACCGCUCUAUCAGAUCUACAACGCGGCCAAACUGGAGUCGAUCACGCGCGACAUCGACGCCGAGAUUAACGGCCAGGCGGAACUGUACGACGAUGGGUACGAGAAGAUUUCGGACCGUGGCCGUGGAGGGGAUGCAGACCGCGACGAUGACGCUGGUGGCGGUGGCGAUGGCGGGGUUGGUAGUGGCGGUUCCAGUGGCGAUGGCUCGACCGAUGGCAGCGAGUUCUCCGCCCACAAUGGUAGGCAUCACCGGCAUCACCCAUCGCUUCGGAAACCAUCCCGACCGACGGCACUGGAACUGAUCGAACCGCACGUCGGCAAACUACGGACGCUCUGGUGCGAGAUUCCGGAGGUGCGCAACUCGGAGAUUCUGGCGACCCUCACGCCGACGGAGAAGCGGUUGCAGGAGGCCAAGUUCGAGAUACUGACGUCCGAGGCAUCGUACCUGAAGUCGCUCAAUCUGCUCCGGACGCACUUCGUGAACCACCCGGCGUUCCGCGACGUGCGCAUCCUGUCGUCGGCCGAGCGUAAGACGCUCUUCUCCUCGAUCAUCCCCGUGCAGGAGUGUUCCGAUCGGUUGCUGUGUGAUCUGGAGAACUGCUGGCAGGACAACAUCAUGCUGCUCGGGUUGAGCCACAGCAUCUACAAGCACGCCGAGAAGCAGUUCCACGUGUACGUCACGUACUGUGAGCACCAGGCGAAGAUCGAUCGCACGCUGAAGGCACUGAAGGCCAACAAGUCCGAGUUUGCGAAAACACUGGCCGAGCUCGAGUCGGAUCCGGUCUGCUGCAGCCUCAGCCUGUCCUCGUUCCUGAUGCUUCCGAUGCAGCGGAUCACGCGCAUGCGCCUCCUGCUCGACGCAGUCCUGCAGCGGUGCCGGACGGACGACGACGAGUUCGGAAGCUGGGAGAAAACGUUCGUCCUGAUCAAUCGCAUCCUGACGCGCUGCAACGAUGCCGCCCACCGGAGCGAGCAGAUGCACGAGAUGGAGCUGCUGUCGCGGCAGAUCGAGUUCCCGACCCACAUCCGGCCGCUUCCGAUCGUACCGUGCGGCAUCGGGGCGGCGCCGAGCAGCAUGCACCGGAAGCUGGAGAAACGCGGCGAACUGGUCCACCUGCUGUGGCGCGGCGACGACGCAAAGCUAACGUUCGGCAAAAAGUUCUCCAAAAGCAACGUGUACGCGUUCCUGUUCACCGAUUUGCUCGUCCUGACCAAAAAGAAGAGUGAUGAAAGCUACCUAGUGGUCGACUACUGUCAGCGGGCACUGCUGGCGGUGAGUUCCGGGGACGUGGUGCCCGGACUGCCGGCGAAGGAAAUGCAAACGCUCGGUAAAAACCUCAUCAUCAUGACGCUGCUGGAGAACCACGAGGGAAAGACGAUCGAAAUGAUUGUUAGCUGCCCGUCGGAAACGGAACGCGAGCGGUGGUUGACGGUGGCGGAACCGCCCGCUUCGGAGAACCCCGAGGAGAAGAUCUACGAGCAGUGGGACUGUCCGCAGGUGAUCGCGGUCCACCCGUACCAGGCGCUCCAGCCGGACGAGCUCGAUCUCGACAUCAAGGAUGUGGUGCACGUGCAUCGCAAAAUGGCCGACGGCUGGUACGAAGGUGAACGCAUCCGGGACGGGGCCGUCGGAUGGUUCCCGAGCAACUACACGAAGGAAAUUCCGUCGCCCCACAUACGGGCCAAACACAUCAAGCAGCGCCACAUGCUGCUGACCUAUACCUCCAAAUACAUCGAUACUGCCAGCAAGGGCCACCACCAGCAGCAUCAUCAUCAGUAUAGCCAGUACCACCAUCAGCAUAACCAUCAUCAAGGGCAAGGCAAAAAGUGAUCCCGCAGGCUCGGUGGCAGGAAGCAUUUGAAGAUUGAGUUGUGUAAAGUAGCGCGCUGUACAGGGCUGUUAAAGAGAAUGCUCGAAUACGGUUUUAGUCAGUUAGAAUGCAUAUAUACUUAGUGUUAGUGUUUAGUGUAGAUAGUGUAUGUAAAUUUGCUACUUACUUGUUUCAUCCUAUUCUAUUUCUCCUUUUUUUUCGUUGUUA